UUGCUGACAUUAACAACAAACACAAACAAAGCUGCAAAAGGAAAAUUCCGGGCAACUUAAUUUUUCCGGAGGACCGUGAACGCAGCACUGAGCAAUGAAUUGAGGGUUGGGAAGGACGAUGAAAACAAAAAUGGACAUCUAACGAAAAUAGCCCGGUUGUCUAUGUCAGAUCCCUGGCUGGCACUUCACAGACAAACCUGAGGGGAGAAAAGUGAAAAAGACCAGAGUUGGGAGCCAUGGAGGCUCGCUUUGGUAAUAUUGUGUUUAGCUCCAAGUUUGACUCAGGGAACCUUGCUCGUGUGGAGAAGGUGGAGAAGGGAAGCUCCAGCCCUCCUUCUGAUACAGCUUCUAGUGGGAGUUCCUCCUCAGGGUCGAACCUCAGCCCUGACUAUGAGUUCAACGUUUGGACGCAGCCAGACUGUGCCGGCACAGAGUAUGAGAAUGGAAACAGAUCAUGGUUUUACUUCAGUAUACGGGGGGCAGCUCCAGGGAAGUUGCUGAAGAUCAAUGUGAUGAACAUGAACAAUCAGAGGAAGCUCUACAGCCAGGGCAUGACUCCUCUCGUACGCACUUUACCUGGCAAGAACCGGUGGGAAAGGAUUCGCGACAGACCCACAUCUGAGAUUGUAGAUAACCAGUUCAUCCUUUCAUUCACACACCGGCUGUUGGAGGUGCGAGGGGCCACCACAUACUUCUCCUUCUGCUUCCCAUUCUCUUACAACGAGUGCCAGGAGAUGCUGCAGCAGUUGGAUGGGAACUACCCCAAUGCUGCUCAGCUAAGUCCGAGCAGUGCACCAGGCACUGUGUAUUACCACAGAGAGUUGCUGUGUCACUCUCUAGAUGGCAAUAGGGUGGACCUGCUCACUGUGACCAACUGCAGCGGGAUGCAGGAAGAGAGAGAAGCCCGUCUGCCGAAGCUGUUUCCUGACACCAACACCCCAAGACCACACCGCUUCUCCAGCAAAAGGGUGUUUUUUCUCAGCAGUCGGGUGCACCCAGGGGAAACUCCAUCAUCCUUUGUGUUCAACGGUUUCCUCAACUUCAUCCUAAGAAAAGAUGACCCACGUGCAAAUGCGCUGCGUAACAUGUUUGUGUUCAAGCUUAUUCCCAUGCUCAACCCAGACGGGGUCGUCCGCGGACACUACAGAACUGACUCCAGGGGUGUGAACUUGAAUAGACAAUACUUGAACCCCAGCCCCGAGCUGCACCCUUCCAUCUAUGCAGCCAAAACACUGUUGCUGUACCACCACACACACAACCGCCUGCACAGUGCACAGUCGAGCAGUCACUGUAACAGCUCCUCACGAACACAGCCCGCUCCCCUCAACACCAAACCAGCAAACCAACAUCAAGCUCCUCCACUCACUGCCCUCGAAGUCAGCUUGAAUGAACGGAAUGCGGAGAAAGAUGCGAAUCCUGCGCAGCUAGAGGUGCCCAUGGUGAUGGAGGAAAACGCCUGGGUUGCCACGGAGAUGGGGAAAGGAGACCAGAACAGCUCUUCAAGUUCAUCAGAGACUGUAGCUCCUGUUACUGUAGAAGUAGAAGCACCACAGGAGGAGGAACAAGAAUCAGUGCCGCCAAAAGAGGGAGGGGUGGCAUAUUAUGUUGACUUACAUGGCCACGCCUCGAAGCGCGGAUGCUUUAUGUAUGGAAAUAGCCUUCCUGAUGAGAGCCAACAGGUCGAGAACAUGCUGUAUCCUAAGCUGAUCGCUGUGAACUCCGCACACUUUGACUUCCUUGGCUGCAACUUUUCUGAGAAAAACAUGUAUGCACGAGACAAGAGAGACGGCCAGUCUAAGGAGGGCAGCGGUCGGGUUGCUAUUCACAAGGCAAUAGGGCUGCUUCACAGUUACACAUUGGAGUGCAACUACAACACAGGAAAAACCAUGAACACUAUCCCACCUGCCUGCCAUGACAACGGACGGGCAACCCCUCCUCCACCCCCAUCAUUCCCUCCAAAAUACACUCCAGAGAUUUUUGAGCAGGUGGGUCGUGCCGUGGCGAUCUCUGCCCUGGACAUGGCUGAGUGUAACCCCUGGCCACGACUGGUGUUGUCUGAGCACACCUGCCUGACAAACCUCCGAGCCUGGAUCCUCAAGCACAUCCGCAACACCAAAGGCCUGAACACACACAUCCAUCCUCCCCCAAGAAUACACCACAAUGGCAGCAGGGUGUCACCGCCAAAGAGCUUCGCCAACUGUCUGUCUGGAUCAGCAUCAGAGAACACCCUCAGCCGUGUUCGCUGUAACAGCCAGAGUAGCAGCAGCCAGACGCCCUCCCCGAAGAUGCACAGCUCGCCGAGCUUUACGUUUGGCUGCCCCCCACCCCGAACCCACGCACAGCACAACAGCACACACACCGGCGGACGUGGAGGCAACAAAACACUCGGGCCAGUCAGGGACACUAAGCCUCAGGAGAAGCGACGCCCCCCCCACCACCGCUCCAUCCUACGGUCUCCCAGCAACAGCCACACACCCGCCCGUCCCCCACUCUCACCCCCUUCCUCCUCCUCGUCCUCCUCGUCUUCCUCAGUGUGUGCAGCAGGCUCCUGCCCCCUCCCAGCCUCCGUCAGUAUGACAGGCCUCAGCUGCCCAGACUUUAAGGCCGGUGGACCAGGCUCGGCCGGCUGGUCCAGAAAUCCCUUCCCCACGCGUCCCGGGCGUGGAGAGCGAGGAAGCCGAACUCUUCACCCCACAGAAGCCCGUAGAGAGACUGCUAAAGACUUGGGGCCUGAUCACAUCCUUUCCUCCAUCAAAUUUAGCAAGUGUGAGCUGCAGCCUCAUGGAAGCCGCAUCCCCAUCCGUAGGGUGGGAUCAACCGACACCCCUCCAACACAUAACCCUAAAGCAUCUCCCACUAGCAAUAACCCAACUUCAUCUGGAGAUAAGGAGGUGUCGGCCACCAUGAAGGUGUGGAAUCUGAUCAGACCUGGUCUCCAGAGACACCUGUCACUGUCAGGUGUAUCAGAGAAAGAAGGGGCCUUACAUCUGGCCUCUAAAGCGCUGAUAAAGAAGAACACAGACAAGAGUUUCCACUACCGAGCAAACACCAUCAUAGAAACUGCACCAGAGGCAGAUGGAGAACUGCAACAGGCUGAGGAAACUCCAGUGAUGCCUGUGGCCGAAACUGUGAACGUGUGCGAGACAGUGACGCUGUGUGGAGAAGCCUAGGAACUGCACAGAAGAGCUCAUGCUUUUAUGUUUUUGCUUUUACUGUGAGACUAAAUUCCAAUACUGAAGACAAAAAAGUUCAUAAUAAGAGGGGGCAUUGUCAUCACAGGAGGAUUAUGUAUGUGCAAUACUGCUAUUCUGUCUUAUUUAUUCCGUUUCUUGAGCAGGCGUGGAGCUGUCCGGUGCCUCCACUGAGCAGCUUUCCUGAGGGUUAAGUGCCUUGCUCUGUGACACUACAACAGGGGCUCGGGGCAAACCUUCCCCACUGAAGUUUUCCAGUCUGAUCAAGAAUGCAUAGACGUGUGUGUUUUUAUCAUCCUCCUGCUGCCACCUCCUUUAAAAACCCUGACCAAUACUGUUCUGCACUGGUAAAUAUCCUCAGCCAGCCACUUGCACUAUAACAGCAGAGGGCUGAUUUUUAUUCCGACUGAUGAGCACGACUGCACCUUUAUUGACUCAUGAUAUCCAAUGUGACUGUAGAAACAAAUGUGAGUUAAGUGUGUCAUUAUUCAGCUUUUUGAGUAUGUGUGUGCGCUUUUCAUAGUGUUUAUAAAAAGGUUUUCACCCCUAUGGACUUUUUUCAUUGUGUUACAUUGAUUAAAAACAACUCUUACUGAAUGCAGUUGUGAAAAUAGUAGAAGUAUUUAAUUUCUUUAUUUUAAGUGGCCUAAAUUGUGACCGCUGUGACCUGCUUUUUUAUGAUAUGCUUUGCUUCAGCCAAGUGAUUUUAACCCUCCUGUUGUCCUCAUUUACAGGCACCAAAAAAUAUUGUUUCCUUGUCUGAAAAAAAUACAAAAAUUCAACAAAAAAAUUCCCCAAAUUUCUGAAAAUUUGCAAAACCUUCAGGAAGAAAAUUCCAAUAAUUCCUUAAAAGUUUUAUUUAAAAAAAAAUUAAAAAAUAAAAAUCCCCCAAAUUUGGCAAGAAAAUUCUUGUAAAUAAUUUCAAAAAAUUAGUAAAAAUCUUCCAAAAAAAUCCUAAAAAUAUCUAAAGUGAUUACAUAUAUAUCAGUAAAACUUCUAAUAUUUUCUUAAAGAA